GUACAUGAUCGAAAGCGAAAACAACAAUAUUUUGACACUUAACGUUCUUCUUUCUCCCUUUGGUGAUUCCGACUUCACAGAAGAAGCAGAAAAGAGCCKUCGACGACCGUGGCCAUGCUUUGGAACGCAUUGAUGCCCUGUUUGAAGUCCACACCAGAGUGUUUGUUGGAUGGACACAACAACAGAGCACGGUACACAUUAUAGUCAAAAUGAGACKAGCAAAUCGCCCCGAACCGUCGUCCGAUUUGUGGGACCUGGUGCUAGACAUGAACUGGCAAGAAGUUAUCGUGCACGCGAGGGAGCAGCCGCAGGACGCGAACUUUGUGGAAGGCCACUGGCACGAAACACCGCUGUAUUUAGCGUGCCAGCACGAACCACCGAUCGAGGCACUCUYGGCAAUCAUCGAAGCCCACCCCGAAUCCGUGCGAAUCGCGAGCAGAGAAAACCAGGACCUGCCGAUCCACAUAGCCUGCCGGUACCAGGCUAGCACGGCGAUACUGGAAGCGCUCCURAAGCACUUUCCAGAAACCGCGCUGGUGCCAACCAAAUGGGGGCGGACGCCGAUCACGACCCUGUGCGAUGCUCGGAGAAAAGAAAACAAGGACGCGACUCUGAUAGCCCUCUGCGACGACAAAGAGUUUUGGARCAAGGUUCUUGUGGUCCUAAGCGCCAUAGCGAGAACAYACCACAAUGGUGUGCCCUAUAUGUAUUCCGAGAUAUCGUCGAGGGACGCGAAUCCUGGUGAUGCCAAAAUGGAGUUUGCUCCCUUUUUGGCRCCUUUGGAAGAAGAAAGCACCUUCUUUGUCCACGCAGCAGUCUCUCUGGGCGCGCAAGGUUGUCCCGUCGAAGUCUUGUCAUCCGUGAUGAAGAAAUAUCCGGAACAGGUAUUUCAGCGCGAUCAGUGGGGGAGGCUGCCACUGCAUGUUGGAAUCCAACGAAUAACAUGGUCAAAGCACGGGAAGAGAAGACUGAAACCGAAAGAACAGCCAUUCCUAAGUGUACUGCUAGACGCAUUCCCCUUGGCUGCAAGGGAACAAGCAURCAACGWCAACGGACGAUAUCCACUCCACUCCGCCAUAGCCAACGGCCAURCGUGGGAGGGGGGAAUCAGGGACAUCUUUCUCGCAGCGCCCGAAAUCCUAUCUGUUCGGGACCCCAUCUCCGGUUUGUUUCCCUUUCAGCUUGCAGCCUUGCCAGCGGUUGCCAAAAUUUCUAAAGAGAUGGACAGUUUCGAAACGUCCUACCGGUUGCUAAGGGCCCGGMCAGAUAUCAUAGAUCG